AUGGAGGAAUCCAACCCCCCUGGCUCUGGUUGGCGUAUUCCCAAGGCUUGCCAGGAGUGCCGUAAGCGCAAGAUCCGAUGCAAUGGCCUAAACCCUUGCAAAACAUGCCAGCAGAGGGAGAGCCCCUGUGUUUAUAGAGAUUUCAUUCGACAUCGCAGGAAGAAAAAUGAGUAUCGAGGCGCUCGUGCUGAUGACCAGGUGGGUCGCGGUUCUCCCGACUCAGCGAUGCAGCCUUCCCAUCAACGGCGCUCGUCGGUCAUGAACAAUUUUCCAAGCAGCGUCUCCGCGACUCAUAUGGCAUCGCCUUCAUGUCAAAUGCAACUUUAUUACGGCCCCACAUCCCAUUUUGCUCUCAUGCAGCAUAUCUAUCGGGACCUUGUCGCCAACCCCACGGCUCGUCCGGGGCCGUCAACUGGAGUUGAUGAGGCGGGCGCUGGCUUAGAUCUGUUCAGCUUCCGUCGCAUCUUCUUUGGAACCCCAGAUACACAGGAUGCAGGGAAAUCAUCUGGGGCUAGCGACGUUCCCAUGAUGUUUCUGCCAUACGAUUUGGCCAAGAUGUUUCUCACUCGAUUCCUUUCUACACUCUAUCAUUUGACUCCUCAUCACCCUCAUGCAUAUUUCGAGAACGGUCUAGAACAGCUGUAUAACCCAUCUCCUGGCCAACAUCCCGACACCCUCACCCAGGCCUUAAUUCUAAUCGGGAUGGCAACUGCAUCUGUAGGCACGGAAUAUUUUGCGUGGGGCGAUAUCUUAUACGAACGGGUGAAAGCAUCGCUCACAUCCUACGACGAUGUGAUUCUCGUAUACGCCAAUUACCAAAAUGAGCAAGGUCGGCCAAAUUCUGCAUUUCUUCAUCUUGGGUCAGCCGCUCGAAAAGCACUCGCCGCCGGUCUGCAUAAAGAUGUUCCUUACGGUGACAUACAGACUCCGGAAACCGUUGAGAUGCGUCGAGUCACGUUCUGGUCUCUUUACCUUUUUGAAACGUGGUUCUGCUUCCAUACGGGUCGCCCGAGCUCAUUGUCCUUAAAGGAUGUUGCGAUCGAGAAUACACAAGAUCCAUUGAUUCGAAGUUUGGUUCACCUCUGCAAGACAAUUUCUCGGUCUACAGAUGAAAUAUAUGGGCAAAACCAUGAAUCUUUACUACACAUGUGGCGCGUUGCACGUUCAAUUAAUAAUGACCUUCGGGGACAUGAGGAAUUUGUUCGCCAGACCUUGGGGUUUGGCCUUGACACCCCUAUCCAAACUGGAUCUACUGGUAUUCGGCAAACAGUUUUCACGACCCUAUACUAUCACACAAUGUUACUGACAUUUCGCCCUUUCUUGAUCUUUCGCGGCCACUUGCUGCGGGAAAGGAAAGUGUCGGCUCGCCAGGCCAGUGUGUCAUCCAAUCACCCGAAGGAAAUCCCUUCUUGGUUGAAUGAGGCAUGUAAUCAUGCUCUCGGGGCUGCGCGGAAAACUAUUCAUCAUUUGAGCGAAGCAUCUCGUGUCAAUGAUUUUGUCAAGCAAUUGCGGUAUCACGGAUACUUUCUCGGAAGCUCCGCCUUCACACUGAUAUACGAUUUAAUUCACGAUACCUCGGCCGCCGCCGCUCAUCUACCAUGGGUGUAUGCUUCCUUGCAGAUUAUGUCUACAAUGAGACCUGGUGAUCCAAUUUCGAGCUCCAUAUCAGCCAUCCAAACAACCCUACGAAAGAUCAACCCAUCGUACGAAUGGUUACAAUGUCCUAAAGCUGGUGACAAGAACGUUUUCCGUGACGGGGAUAAUUCUUACGCUCCACUCACACAGGAUACCAUGAAUCAUCAACAGGUUCCACUGACUGGACUUGCCUUCUCUUCGCAGUCUUUGCUAGAACCAGGCCCUGAUCUGCCACCAACGCAAUGGAAUUUAACUCAGCUUGAGGGACCCGAAACUGUUCGGUCUGUUGGGUCGACUGAAGACCUUCUGGAUUUUACUCAAUCUGAUAUGGGGUGGGAUUUUGAUUUUUCGACAAUGGAUAUGGAGGCAUUCUUUUCUGUCUAUCAAUCGGGCGAUCCGUCUUUUAUGCUGUGA